AUGUCUAACAUGACGUUUCAUGAUGAUAUAUGGUUCAGCUGAAGCAGUGUUGCAUGGGUUCCGAUGUUUUGGUGCACAUUCUAUAGGAUCUGAUGUGAGAAACAAAGCACUUUCGUAAAAGAAGCGGCAUUGAAAACAGACACAGUCGAUACAAUUUUUAGGAUUUUACUCUGGCCAUCCGCUAUUUAUUACAUAGCCGACUCAAUCAAUCUCAUGUUUUUUGCAGAAGCCAUAGAUCAGUGCAAAAUUUCAUUUUUUGUACAUCACGUUGUCACCUUAAUUCCCCCUUUAAAUUGGAACAAAAAUUCCUGCCUUGAUUAAAGGGUUAACAUAUAUUUUAAAAAACACAUUUAUAUUUAAUUUUUUUUUUUAAAUAAAAAUAUAAAUUGAGAAUACUUUGAAUUUUAAUUUAUUCAUGAAGAAAUAAUUAAUUAUAUGAAAAAUGUUCAAAUAGCAUUCUACUUAAAAUUAGAUUAAAAUUAGUAUUUUCAUCUUUAAUUUUUUCUUUAAAACAUUUUUUAAAAGUUUUACAAAUAUAAAUUGAACACCAACUUUGAAUUUUAAUUUAUUUUAUGAAGAAUUAAAUAAAAAUAUUAAAUUAAACUGUUUGCUUUUUUUUGUCUAUUAAAUUAGGUCAAAACUAAUUUUAUAAAUUUUAAUCGUUAAAAUUUUCCUAUUGAAAAACAAAUUUAAAGAGGGUUAAAAGUACCCCAGAAAUGCAAAUUUUACCGAUUUUUUGUUCCAAUUUUAAGUGGGGAGAAUUAGUUGGGGCUGGCUCAGCAUUGACAAUACCUCAUUAUCCAUGAUUUUUAAUGCUCCCUUUUGCAUUUCACUGCUUUCUUAUGAUGUUCCCUCUGAUUGGGUGACUAAAUUACAUUUAUUUGGCGACUGUCUUUAGAAAUGCUUAUGGGCUGCAUCAAGCACCAUAUAUAGAGAUCGCGAAGUACAGACAUAUAUUAUAUGUAGUUUACUUACUGUUAGUUCCAUUGAUAAUGCUGUGGGGCUUUGGAUGUUCAAACGAGAGAGAAUUAUCAUAA